AUGUUGGAAGUGUUUUUGGACGACUACCCUUUCGAAUAUGCGGAUAUACCAGGGUAUGUGGACGUGAUUGUCAAGGACGUCAAACGUACGAGAGACAAGGAUCCCGCUCAGGGCUACAGCUUUAACUUUCGCGCAGCUCAUCGAGCAUUGUCAUUCUCGCAACUGCUGGAAUGUGCACGACAAGAUCCUGAACUUUUUCGCAGCAACAGCGAGUUUGCCGUUCGCGGAAUGCAACUCCUUCGAGCUGCAGCAGAGUUGGACAGUGAGCAGUGUUCUGAUCUCAGAAGUGAGGUGCAGAAUGUGAAAGAACUGCGGCAUCUUGCGACCUAUGUGGAAUUUCUGCGCGAUUUCACUUCAUCGUCAGUGGGACGUAUUCAGGUGAUGGUGUUGUACCGGAAGCUUCAGCUUUUGAACGUGGUCUGCUGUACAAAUGCAAAUGCAGUGAUGGAGUUGCUGAACUCUCUGGUAGACUACGUGAAGAUCGCGGGUGGUCGCACUUUGAAUUCAUUCGGCUACGUUGGAUCAUGUGGAUUCGAUGCAGUGUAUCAAGCAAACCACGAUGAAAUCAUCCGCACGAGUUUAAAAACACUGUGGUCAUCUGGAAUCGAUGAGAACGCUGUUUUCAGUGCGCUUUCCAACUACUUGGACAAUGGCAUCUUAAAUGUACAACACGCCCUGACCAUGAUAAAGUGCGGCAAAGGCGUGUUUUCUGCAUGGACGGACAAACUGAAGACGAAUGGCCAGAAUUUACCAAGCGAGGCUAGUGCGCCACAGUUGGUUUUCUGUGACUCCAAUCCGACUUACUUCUUACCGGAAGAUCCGCUGCGAAUUUAUGUGCGAACCCGUAAUGUCAAGUCUGUGACUGCUCACCUGUACGAGAUCAAGACGAUGGAGUACUAUUCUCGUUUGCGUCGUGAGAUCAAGGGUGACAUUUGUCUCGACGGACUACUGCCGACUGAGGAGCAGGUGGUCGAUUUGAGCCACCUCACACAAUGGCAAGAAUCGCGGGUGUCGAUCGAGUUCUGUGCUACGCAAAACUCUCAGCGAGGUGUGUUUGUGGUAGAAGUGUUUGAAAAGGGGAUGACGUGCCGGGCUAUCCUACGCAAGGGAUAUCUUCGCCAUGUUGAGCGUAUUACAGCCCAAGGUCACGAGUUUACGGUACUGGAUGAACAUGGAAAUCUGCUUCCUGAUGCUCGUGCACUUGUGCUGAACGUGAAAGCUGGUGGUAGCAGAGCGCAACACGGCCGCGAGUACUCACCUGAUGACAAAGGAAGGAUCAUUAUUCCAUUCCGCCAUCCAAAUGAGGGUAGCUCAACUGACAAGUUUGCGAUCGCAUUCUGUCACGGAUCGUUUGGAUACUUUCAUGGGUCAUUUAGCUAUUUGGCCGAAACGUUUGACGUGAGCGUCGACAUGCACAUUGAUACUGAACAGUUACUUCCUGGAUUCAUCGCUCAACUUGUGACCCGCCCACGCUUGCUUGUUGCCGGCCUUGCAACGGGUGAACCCCUUGACUUGAUUGUGGAUUUGAAGGUGGUGAUUGAGUUCGAUCUUGUCAACACCAGCAAUGUCGGUUCGAGUUCGCACAAGGAGAUACUCUCGUUUGCAUCCAUGCAACAGAUUGUAGACGAUCCUCCUUGCUUUGAGAUUCCGAUGGAUGCUCAGAGUUUCAAUGUCACUUUUGAAGGACGUGUUUCGAAACCUUAUUUGAAUGCGAAAAUUGGAGAUUUACCAAAGGUGAGCGACUCCAAGCGCUUUGUGGUCCAACGAGUGAACGAUUUCGAUAGCACAUACACACCUCAUUUUGUUCGCCGGCCGCUGGAAUCAGGCGACCCGUAUAGUCCUAGCGAGUUUCGUGUACUUGUUCUCUGUCACAACGGAGAACCGGUUCCGAACGCGCCAGCAGUUUUCUUCUUCAACCACGUCCACCAUACCGAAGAAAUCAAAGUGGCACUUCAAACUGACGCCUCGGGGGAAGUGAACUUGGGUCAACUUCAAGACAUCCAGCAACUGAGAGUGGAUCUUGGGGCUCGUACUGGAUCUACUAGGUCGUGUAGUUGGGAAUUACCGAAUCUGCGUUCAUACCGACCGCAAAUUGUGAACUGUUCUGUGGAAGAAACCGUAGAGAUUCCUAUCCCGUUUGCGUUCUCGACUAAAGUGGAGGCAUGGGUCGAUGAGAAGCUGGUUUUGGUCUGUGAAGUCGUCGACACAGUGCUGCAAAAUGCCGCGCAAUUUUCGGAAGUGGUGGUGAUUAAGAGCAAGCUGAAUUACCCUGUUAGCAUAGGUGUUCGAAUCGCUCGGGAAGGAAAGUACGUGGUCUACUUGCGCCCACUCAAUCUCAAGUAUCCUGUGACAGUGUGCCAGAAGAAGAACAUGCAAGUUUAUCCCCCACAUGGACUUAUCAUUCAGCCAACGCAAGUUCUUCUGGCCACUCCAACACUGCCAUUAACGAUUUGCUCGCAAGAGUUGAAAUCUGAAGACAAACAAAACUUGGUGCUUGAGAUUCAGCUGCGAAAUUUUUCCAGAGAUUCGACGCAUGUAUUGGUGUUGCUUAAGCAAUUUUUGGAUUUGCGCUCGAAGAAAAUAAGUGAGGUUCUCGUGGCUGAUGGCUUGGCACCGGUUUCGAGCUCUGGAGUUCGUCUACCGAAACUGCACUUCCGCUCCUCCCCGCUUGAGAACGAUUUUUUGAAAAUGCGCAAGAUUAGCGACGAGUACGCGUAUAUUCUACAACGGCGAGCACUGGUUUCCUCCAGCCCAAACUCAUCACUUUUUGUUGGAUCCCCGUUGCUGCCAAAGCCGUCAUUGCUUCAAAAUCCUCACGUUAUCAGUGAAUCAGACAUGGAGGUGGUGACUGUAGAAGCCGGUGAUAAGGUGACCGGAUUCAAAGCUGUGGCAUCGCAUGAGAUCCAGUCGGGAGGAGAGCGAAUGAGAAUAUCCUUGAAAAGCAAAAAGCGAUCAUCACGGAAGUCAUAUACAAUGCAUGAACUUACACCAAGUAUUUCUUUUCUUGGCAAGCAAUCACAGCUUCUAGUCUCGUCCGUUGUGAGCCCAAAUGGUAGUGUUCGCAUUGAGCUGAGCGGUCUCCCCUUCUUUUCGAGUGAAAUGGGAUCAUUUGAGGUCUGCACGGUUGCAUUCGACAGCGAAAGUGGAUGCGUCUGUACUCAGGAGCUGGCAAUGACGGCUCCAAGUCGAGACAACAAGUUGAUUUUACCGAAGCGCGACAUUCGUCUGAGUGCUGAAGAAGCUCUGGCACCAUCUGAGCAUUUCCAACAAGGCGACAGUCAUGAGUGUAUUCGUUCUGGUGAGGUAAAGACCCUUCCGCGUUCAUUUUCCAGCAAGUACGCAUUAUACGAUAGCCUUGAGAGUGCUAUUAACUUGUGGCCGACGCUUACAAGUGGAAGUGAGGUAAGCGAAUUGGCGAGCAAACUGAAAGAGUGGCGGAAUCUGAGCCUUGAUGAGAAGAGCAGCUUCUACUUCGUCAACGCGUCUGAUGAUUUCCACUUCUAUCUUUUCCGGAAAGACCCAGACUUCUUCAGACAAUUUGCCAAACCGUUGAUCCAGGCGAAGAUUAGCAAGUCUUUGGUGGACUAUUACGUUCUUGGUGACGAAACAAGCUUGAAGAAGUUUUAUCUCAACCCGGCUGCGUUCCAUCGACUGAGUUGCGUCGAGAAGCUACUGGUAGCGGAGAGACUGACAGAUGUGGAAGCUAGAACUGGUGUUUGCCAAGCUAUCAUCCGCGAGAUUGACUCAACUUAUCCUUCAGGAUGCAGCGCGCUUUCUCGUCUAUUCAACACGGUGUUGUCGCAAGGCCAAGUUGAACCGUCCGCUCCUCCGCCUGCACCGAUUGAGCCGGCUCCCGGUAUGGGAUUCGGUGCUGCGCCACCAGAUAUCUCUAGAUACAUAGAGAGGGCAGAAAUGAUGUCGAUGCCGAUGGCUGCAGCUGCACCGCGCUACGCCAUGAUGCAGCCACGUCGUGGAUGUGGAGGAACAUUUGGAGCUUCUCCGGCUUUUGGUACGGCAGCAAUUGACAGUAAUCGAGAUAGAGACACCACUGACGUCACGGAAGUUACCACGGGGUCUUACCUUAUGGAUGCGGAUGAUGACUUUGGCGUACGAAGUCUUGACAGCGAGAGUGACAAUGAUGACAAUGAAGAGGACGACGGCGAUGACGACUCUGAAGAGGAAACCAAGCAGAAACGCAAGCGAUUGAAGCAAGAAACGCCUUAUAUUUCUCCAGGCAAGGUUCGCAAGGUACAAGAAAAGCGCUUUUUCACUGGCCAGCAUCCUGCUCUAUCGGGUCGUAACAAGUUUUGGAAGGAGUACGCUGAGUAUCUAUUGCGUGGAGAAACUGGUGGACGCUUCGUGUCGUCCUACUUCCCUGAAGCAUUGGUCUCUAUUACAGAGGGGCUGUUCGCAUUGGCGGUGUUGGACCUCGGCAACGAAUCCAAGCCUACUCAAGUGCAGCUUUCUUCUUCUGCAGGCACCCACGUAACCCUUCGUUCCGCAAGCGAUGCUGUUCUUUAUCAUCGCAGUAUCAGACCUGCUGAGUGCACUCCGACAGCCAACAGUGUCUUGAUUUUGAAGCAACGUAUUCAAGAUGAGAAUGGAGACUUCAACACCGAGCUGCUUGUCAACAAGAUAUACACCACGGUCGUCACUUUGAGUAACAUCGGCUCGGAGCACCUCACGAAUGUCGAUUUACUGCUCCAGAUACCUCAAGGUGCUAUUCCCAUGGGAUCAAGUGGGUUCUACACCAAAAACGAGAUCGGAAGUGUGGCUCCGAAUCACACCAGCGAGUUUAAGUUCUCCUUCUACUUCCCUGAAGUCGGAACUUUUGCUCAGUAUCCAGCACGAGCUUCACUUGAGGGUCUGGUCAUCGCAUGGGCGAAAAUGCAAGACGAUGCAGCAACCUGUAAGGUAGUUCACAGUGCCUCCCGCGUCAAUUUGGCUUCCUGGAGUGACGUAAGUGCCCGAGGUUCGCUGGAAGAAGUCACGCAGUUCAUGGAAUCAACAAAACCUGACGCAGAAUGGCUUUCGUGUCUGGCAUCUGGAAAUAUGGGCUACUUCACAGCGAUGGGCUAG